AUGCAGAAGCAAGAGGGCAGAGAAGAGGAUUUAAGAGAUGAGGCAACAAAUAGUGAGAGAGAAGGAAGGAAAGAGAAGCCACCUCCAUUAGUGGCUCUGAACCACGUUUCAAGGCUGUGUAGGAAUGUGAAGGACUCCAUAGACUUCUACACAAAAGUCCUGGGUUUUGUUUUGAUUGAUAGACCUCAAGCUUUGGACUUUGAUGGUGCAUGGUUGUUCAAUUAUGGAGUUGGUAUCCAUUUGGUGCAAUCCAAGGUUGAAGAUCAGAGAUUGCCUUCCGAUCCUCAACACUUAGAUCCCCAGGACAAUCACAUUUCUUUUCAGUGUGAAGAUAUGGAAGCAAUGGAGAAAAAAUUAAAGGAAAGGAAUGUGAGGUACAUGAAAAAGACUCUGAAAGCAGAAGAUGGAACUGUAAUGGAUCAAAUUUUCAUGAACGACCCAGAUGGGUUCAUGGUGGAAAUAUGCAACUGCGAGAAUCUGAAACUCGUUCCUGCAGAUUCGCUAAGCAAGAUAAAGCUCCCAAUGGAUCGCCACAACCCACCCGUUGAGAUUGAGACACAUCAAAAUGACCAUGAACGUGAACGUGAAAGUGAAAGUGAAUGA